AAAACUUCAAUUAAAAUAAUUUUAUUUAGAAAAUAAAAAAAAAUUAAAAUUAAUUAAGAAUGAUGCGUCAAGAACAAAGACCAACAUCACCAGUUCCCAUUGAUAUUGCAGUCAGUGGUGGAACACCUCCACUUAGCCAUUUCCGUAAACCGGUUGAAGUAAUUCGUAGUUUAAAUGAAGUAUGGCGUCACAAGAAUAUUCAUAUUGGAUCACCAACAAGUUCACCUAAAAAUACAAUAAGUAGAGCAUUUGAAUUUUUACCGUGGCCACGUCAACGUAGUAAAAAAUCAAUUGAACGGGAAAAAGGUUCAACAACAGAUGUUAUAGCAACCACUGGAACACCAACAUCUCCUAAUAAUCAUGUUCAUCAUAAAGGCUUAUUCUGUUCAAGUAAUAUAAUACGUGAAAUUUUAUCAGAUCGUUCAAAUCGUAAAAAUCCAAAAAGUGAUUUAAUACAUAAACAAAAUACAGUUGCCAGUCAGCGUAAAGGACGUAAAUUAGUACGUAAUAAAAGUUUAGAUAUUGAUGAAAUUAUUGAAGAAAUAGAGAGUCAAAUUGAUGAUGAUUCCGAUACUGAUAGCAUUUAUAAAAGAUCACGUCAAACAUGUUUCUUAGACGAUACAUUCAUUGAAAAUAUCCUUAAAAAUGAAGAGAAUAAUGAAAAUAACAGCAAUGGAAAUAAUACAAGUAUCACACAAUAUGAAGUUUACAAUGAUCCUAAUAAUGAAGACAAUUACAUAUACAAUGUUGAAAAUGUAAUGCCAAAUAAAAUUGGACAACAUUUGAAAAAACAUAUUUUAUUUAAAGAUGAAAAUACAAUUUAUUUUAUACGUAAGGAGAAACCAGUUAUUAAACGCUGCAAUAUUGAUUAUACUGUAAGUUCAGGUCAAGAAAAGACAAAUGUUAAUGGUAAAAAUUAUAGUAAUAGCAAUAAUACUAGUCCAAAAAUGCGAAAUUCAAAUACUAUUGUAAACAAAAAUUCUACGGAUGUAGAUAAUAAUAAGGUGAAUUCAUCUAAAAGACAUCAAUCGGUUGAUAAUAUUCAAAAUAAUAGCAAUAAUACGCAAUUAAAUACGAACUCUCCAACUAAUACAUCAACACAAAAACGUGGCAUUCUUUAUCGUCACAAUUCACUUGAUACACCAUCGUAUAAUCAAACUAAAGCACAAAAAGAAAAAUCAUCGGGUACGACAAGCCCAAUUAACAUUUCUAAUCGACGAUCUGAAAUAAUUUAUUCACGUGAUAUGAAAAAUUCUUCUGAUAAAAGUACAGUUAUUGCAAAUACCAGCAGUCCGAAAUCCAACAAAAGUCAAAUUAAUCCAGAUCGUAUGGGUAGCGGUAGUAGCAGUGGUAGUCAUUCUUCAAGUGCGACAAAUACAUCAUCAAUGAGUGCUGGUAGUGGUGGUAGUGUUGUUUGUAAUCCAAGUACUUCACCAACAUCAGCAAUGGGUACUCCAAAAUCAUCAAAUCGCCCCAGAAAAAAAUUAUCCUUUCGUGAUCCAAUUGUAUCACAACGUAAGACUGAAUUACAAGAAAAAUAUUCAACACAAUCACAGCAACAGCAGCAGGAACAACAACAGGAGCAACAAAAAUCUUCUCCAGCUUCAACAUCACCAGCAUCUCCAACUCAAAAACGAAAUCCAGACAUAUUAUAUCAGCAACAAUUAGAGCAACAACAACAGCAACAAUUACAGUUACAACAACAAUUGCAACAACAAUUACAAUUACAACAACAACAACAACAACAAAAUGUUAUCUACAAUAAUCAGAUACCACAAUUCAAUAUUAAUAUGAUUAAUCAGCAACAGUUACAACAACAAUUGUUACUUCAGCAACAACGACUGCAACAACAACAGCAACAACAACAGCAACAACAACAACAGCAACUACAACAAAGUUACCCAUCUUUUCAGCAACAAAUUGAUGAUCGAAGAUGGAAUAGCAACAAUAAAUUAAACUUAAAUAAUUCUAGCAAUAUAAGUAGUGGCGGUCGUGGUGUCCUGACCAAGCAAUAUAGUGAGUCUGAAUCAGAUCUUGAGUCACAAGCAAUGAGAAUUGUUAGGACUGUAGGACAAGCAUUUGAAGUAUGUCACAAAUUUAAUCUUCAGAAAAAUUCCUUAGAAACAAAUGAUGAAAGGUCUGAUCUAUCAUCAGAAUUAAUUGAUGCCGAUAGAAUAUCAGAACAAUUAAGUGAGGAUGAAAUAAUUAGAAAAGAACAAGGACCUGGAAAAUCAGAAUCAAAUGUCCCACAAAGACCAAAUCAUUUAGAUUUAAUGUCAGGAACUGAUAGUAGUCCGAGAAAAUCAUCACCAUGUAAUGAUACUGAUAAAUCGCCGCCAUCACCGCUGCCAACAUCACAAGAAAUACAGAAAUUAAAAGAACAAUUAGAACAGCAAACAAUGCAAACAAGACAAGCUUUAGCUCAAUUAAUGUUAGUCAGAGAACAAUUAGUGUCAGAAACUAAUGCCAGAAUUGAAGCACAGGCACGUACACAACAACUUUUACAACAGAAUCGUGAACUUCUUGAACAUUUAGCUUCAAUGGGUGGUUAUUCAGAACAGAAUCCACCUGGUUUAACGUCCGCUAAUAUAGCUUUAGCACCACAGACUCAAGCAUCCACUUUAGCAGCAAUUCAACAAGCAUUCUUAUCACCAACCACUAGUAAUAAUUUAGCCACAAUUAAUCAACAAAUAAAUAAUUUAGGUUUUCAAUUGAGUGGCUUAAAUCAACAAAAACAAAAUUUACAAAAUUUUGAAAAUUUAAAUGCACAACAACAACAGCAACAACAGCAAUCACCACAAGCACAACAGCAACAACAACAAAUUGGUUCAAAUGCAUUAACACCAACACAAACUCAAUUUCCAACAUUAGGUCAAAUACAAAAUAUUAGUAAUAAAUUAAAUGACAUAUCAACACAAGCAAAUCAACAGCAACAACAGCAACUUCUUGGUACUACAUUACAACAAAAAGAUCUAUUUCAAAUGAAUCAUGAUUUAUUAAAUCGUUUACAAUUAUUAAAUUUAGAUAAUAAUACAGCUGCUGCAGCUGCAUUUGCUGCUGCUGCUACAAUACAACAACAAAAUUUCAAUAAUAAUAAUAAUAAUAGUUCACCACAUAAUUCAUAUUUAUUUGCAAAUCCAUUAGCAACUACAGCUACAACACCACAAAAUAAUAAUAAUAAUCAAGGAAAUUUUAAUUUUUUAAAUUGUCCAUCAAUAAAUAGUUUAGGUGGUAAUUUAACACCAUCACCAAUUGGAACAUUAUCAAGAAAUUCAUAUUCAAAUAGUCCACUAGAUAAUAAUGAUAUUGGAUUGAGUUUAGAUAAAAAUUUAAAUAUACUUGAUGAUACACAUUUUAUAAAACCAUUAUCACAAGUUGGUACACUAACAACAUUAGAUUCUGAUGGUAAAGUUAAAGUAAUUGUACCAAUAUCAAAUGGAGGUGGUGGUGGUGGUGGUGGUUGUAUUAGUGUUGGUCCUGGAAAUAAUACAAAUGCAACUGGUAGUAAUGAAAGUUGUAGUAGAUCUGAUUCAUCAUCUUCACCAAAUAUAAGAAGAAGUCUUGGUAGCAUUAGUGGCGGUGGUAGUAGCAGUGGUGGUGGUGGUUGUAGUAAUAUUGCUAUAAAUAUAUGUGGUAAUAAUAAUGAUCAAAGACUUAGUAUGCCAAAUAGUAAUAAUAAUAGUACAGUUAUGUUAAAAGUAACAGAUGAGGCUGGUAAUAUAAUGAAUCCGAAACAACGUUUGUCAGCGACACCUAGUUUUAUACAAAGGAGUACUAGUGAGAAAGUACCAAAUCGUAGCCAAAUGAUGAAUCAAGUUCAAAGAGCUGGCUGGCAAAGACAUACAACUAAAUAAUAAUAAUAAUAAUAAUAAUGAUGAAUGAAUAAUCAUAAUUAUUUUUAAUUUUUUUUUUUUACGUAAAAUAUAUAUAUAUACAUAUUUUAUAUAUAUCAACACACACAUGCACAUUUAUUUAGGUUUUUACAUAAAUUUUUUUUUAUUAUUUUUACAUCCUUUAAUUACGUAAAUUUCUACAUAAUAAAAUAGGAAAUUGCAUAAAAUUUUAUUAUAUAAAUUUUAUUUUUAGGUUAUAAA